CAAUUAGUUAUUAGCUAAGCAGACAAUCAAAUUAAAAUUUGUAAUUAAUCAACGUCCACUUCAGAUGUAAGAUGUAGCUAUAAUACAGUUUUAGUACUGUAGUUAUCUGUCAGUUCGUGGACAUGAUAUUAUUUAUACACGCAAAAUUGUAAAUUUUUAAAAAUGAACGUAUCAUUCUAAGCACUUCGGCGACUUUUUGUAACCCUAAGAAUCAAGAAAGUUUCGCGCUAAAAGUGUGUUACCGCAAAUGUACGCACGCGCAAGUGUUACUGCAUUAUUGUAUAGAGGUGUUAUAAUAAACAUACUUAUAGAUAUCACCUCAGACAUUCAUUUAGUAUUGUCUUAUUUUAUACAUUUCAUAUUUAUUAUAAUUAACUCUUCUUUUGUCAAAUGUCUCGACGGAUUGCAUAUUUGUUAAGAAUCAAAUGAUUUUGCGUGGUGUUGUAACCUUUAACUGGGUCUAUUCAUUAUUAAUUUUAUGGUUGAUCAUCUCUCAUUAUAACUCGUUUAUAUUAGUUUGAAGAUUUCGUUAUGAGUGCUACAUUGGGCUCAAGAGCUGAACAAUAUUUCUACAGUAUAAAUCCUUUGGCUCAAAGAAUAGGAGAAGAGAUUACAGCAACAAAGGAAGCUUACGAAGGACUAUGGAACACCUUAAGUACAGCAGAACGUAAUCAGGCAAUAAAUGAAACUAUUAUCCCGCCAGAAGUGGCAUUGAAAUAUACAUUGAAGAAAGUUGAACUCACUAAAGAAUUACCAGAAUGGUAUCCAAAAUUACGUAUUCAGACUGGUAUGAAGUAUGUCAUUGACGAGACUGGUUCUACACUACGAUGGAGAGAUGAGCACUCAGCUCCAUUUUCAUUCAUGACUCAAUCUCAGAUAAAUUUGAGUAUAAUAGAUUCAACAGAGGACACCAAGUCCAAGUUGAUAAGAGCUCAAUUUGGAGAGUCACCACAUUUCUCUAGUCCCACCAAAUCGCAGAGAAAUAAUUCAAAUUCUCUGAAUGAUACUUAUGCUUCCCAUCAAGUUAGUCGCUUUCAGACCGAUUGUUUUAUAAGCAGUAUUUAUGAUGAUAAACAGUUAUUAAAAAACAAUGGAGACGAUCAUUCUGAAAGUAUAUUCACUAAGUUAAUGAACAAGACUUCUCUAUUGAAGUUACAAAAUAAUUCAGACGAUGAUAUGGAGAGCUUAGUCAGGGAGAGGGACUCUGACACCGAUAAGAGUCAGUCGAAUACAUUAGUUGUAAUGUCACGCACAAAAUCCAGCGAUAUUAACGAGUCGACCGCGCUAUUAGAGACACCUAGUUCUUACAGUAGCUUUCAAUCUUCUCAACUCAAUCCGGAGGAUGAGGAGAGGCCUAUACCAAAGACUGGUUUUGAAUUUCUUGAUAACUGGUAAACGACUGAAUGUUAAUAUUUUAUUUAGUAAUUAUUACAGUGAUUUUUUUAUUUAACAUUAGUAUUCUUAUUAAUAUAAGAUUGCGUUAAUUAAAGUUUCCAUAACUUUAGUUCCUGAAGUAAUAAUGCCAUGGCAGUACAGGUGGAAAUUUCUAGAAUUAUCAUGUUCUUCUGUCAAGAUACGCUCUCAGUAUCUAUAUAAGAAUCAGUAAUGAUCUCAAAUUAUAAGUGUAUACAAUUGUGUAUACUUUAUGUGCUAUGAAAAACGUGCUAGUUAUGGAAUAAGUAUAGUAUUAGGAGUAAUUAGUUUACCAGAGUUAAACAAUGUGCAUAUCGAAACUAAUUUAAUAUUUACGCAAAUUCUUUCUCGUUAUAAUACCAGGAAGUUUAUAUACAAAUAUUAUACAUAAGUUUUUGACAAUUAAUGCUUUUACAAUCGUUUUAUAAAUGCUAUGUUUUUGAACAGCGUUUCUCAAAGUUUCUUCCUUUGUCGAAGGACAGGUCGUAAUUAUCAGUAUUUAGGUCAUAGAAAUUUCUCAGAUGCGACGAAAAGUAUUCAACAAAGACUGAAGAAGCUGUUUUAUUUGAUUUUGUACAAUUCAUUAUCGACGUGUUCCUCGAAAAAACUAUAGUGGAAAAUUUUGAUAAAGAAUAAUUAUGAAAACUAUAAAGCCGCAUAGAAUAACAGUGCUAAUUUCUUGGUGCAUGAUCAUAAUUCGUAGAAUAACAUACUCUUGCCGUUCGUUGAACGAUUAAUGAACAAACUGAUGUAAUAUCGUAGAAUGAAAAUGUGUAUGUUGCUCGUGUCUGCGUAUUCAGUAACAAAAUCUGUCGAGACAUUUAUAUUAGAAAGAAAGUAUAUAUAUAUACAUAUAUAUAUAUAUACACGAUACAGUAUUGAAUCAUUUAUUAUAUUUGUAUACAUGAACUAAUUCGUUGUUGCGUUUUUUGAUGAAUACAUAUCCAUCCUUCGUACCGAUUCCAAUAAUCCUUCAAAAGUUCUGUUUUUCAAGUGGUCCAGAACCCGGAAAGCCACACUGAUUGAAGAAAAAUAAAAACUAUUGUGUUGUUCAUAAAGUGUCACAGCACUGGAAGAUUGUCGAAGGUACCUUCUGUUCUAGGCGAUUGAAUGAUAGUUAUAUUCUCAUCCCCGCCGCCGAGUUUCGCAAUCUUCGAGUUGUUGUAGUAACCAAAGAUGUUUCUGUUUGCUUGGGCAAUGCAGUAGAAUUCUUCCAGGUCAGUCGUUCUCGUCAACUUGGCUUCUGAUUCUUUUUCGUAGGGUGACACCAGUAUCAGACGCCUUUUUGACGAGGCUCGCACUGAAACUAGAACGAUUCUUUCACGGUACUUAUUAACAAAUAGCCAGUGUAACGCCACUUCCAACGAUCGUUCUUUUAUUUCAAUAAUUAUCCUUUGUUUCAGUUAUUCAGGCUGGCGCAUGCAGAUACUUCAGUUUUUUUUAUUAUCCAGGGAUGUUAGCCUCUGCGUUACUCAUGAGAGAUGUGAGGAAUUUAUAUAAGUUUCAUUUAAAUUUAUGUAAUUUAUAUUAAUUAAAUUUUAUUUAAUUUUCUGUAAAAAAUAA